ACAAAUAUUUUUGCAAGAAAACUACAUAUCCCGUGAUGCAUGUAAUCAUGUGAUCAUGAAGUGACACAACAUCCCGGAAGGGACCUACAGCUGUCAGGUUUCCCCACCAAAAUGGCGAUAUUUAGUGUGUAUAUAGUGAAUAAAGCUGGCGGCCUCAUCUACCAGCUGGAUACGCAAAGUCAGCGACCUGACACCGAAAAAACUUUCAGCUACCCGCUAGACCUUGUCCUUAAGGUGCAUGACGAUAGGGUGCUGGUGGCUUUUGGACAGAGAGACGGGAUUAAAGUUGGACAUGCUGUGCUCUCAAUUAAUGGCAUUGAUGUGAAUGGCAAAUAUGCAGCAGAUGGGAAAGAAAUCCUGGAGGUCCUUGGUAAUCCAUCAAACUACCCACUCUCCAUCCGCUUUGGCCGUCCUCGCCUUUCAUCCAAUGAGAAGCUCAUGCUGGCCUCCAUGUUCCACUCUUUGUUUGCCAUUGGAUCUCAACUUUCUCCAGAGCCAGGAAGUUCUGGUAUUGAGAUGCUUGAGACUGACACAUUCAAACUGCACUGCUACCAGACUCUAACCGGUAUAAAGUUCAUGGUUUUGUCAGACCCACGACAAGCUGGGAUUGAUUCUCUGUUACGGAAGGUCUAUGAGUUUUACUCAGACUAUGCUCUGAAAAACCCAUUCUACUCACUAGAGAUGCCCAUUAGAUGUGAACUAUUUGACCAGAAUCUCAAGGCUGCUCUGGAAGUAGCAGAGAAAGCAGGGACUUUUGGGACUAGUUCUUAAGCCUGUUUAAGAUGUCCCUUUAUAGGAUGACACCUAUGGAGUUGCUGUAAACUGUGGACUUCAAAUGCUAUUUUGGCGUUUUAUCAGUUGGAGAUACAAUUGCUUCCUGCAAAAGCCUCAGCUGUAUAUAUUGUAAUAUAUGUGUCUUUUCUGGUUUACAUUUUUUGUCCUGAAAUAUUCUGGAUAAUAAGAUGGUUUAAUGUGCUGUUGUAUAUUCUGUAUUAUUUCUCUUGUUAAAAAGACUUUCUUCCAUUUUAUCAGUAAACACGUCACAUUUUCUGUGUGAAUAUGGCUGAUUAGA